AUGCGUCGGAACCCGUCGCGCGAUCUCGGUCUGUUCCGCAAUCCCAAGAGCUGCGAUAACAUCGGCGACGCCGAACCGAACCAUGCCAACUCACGCACUGACGACCUAAAUUCGCUUCAUUUCUGCCUUUCCGAAGCGAUCAACGAGACCGAAUAUCCAGUCCUCAAAUCCGACCGUCUGUUUGGUGCCUGGGGCGUCUAG